AUGAUAUAUCUAGCAAGUGCAGGAGCCGAUUUAAAACUCGGAUCGUUAAGCAAGGAACUGCUUAAACGAGAGCAAGAAUACAUUCGCAUCAACCAGCAAUUACAGACGAAAACGGCUCAGGUCGUUAAGAAGGCUGAACAAGUUGUGAAAGAAGGACGACACUCAUUACAUGGUCCAAAGGCAGACUCUGUUGCAGCUGUCGAAAAGAGUCUAGAAAGUGUCCAGUCAAGUAGAGCCACUCCAAGCAAACCUUCAACACGACCAGCGUCUUCUGCUGGGAAAACGGAGCCUUCGAAAGCUGUCUUGACUCGUCAGGACUCUGACAAAGGAACCGUCAAACCACCAAAGGCACCAACAACAGCCACUGCAUCUGGACGACCUUCAGUGGAUGAACGUGCUUCAACCCUAGCACGGGUGAAUCCUGAAGAUGAUGUUCCAGAAUCUGCUGCACGAUUCUUAAAAGCCAAGGUCAAACUGCUCCAAGAAGAUUUGGAUCGUAUGACGCUUGAGCAAAAUGGAAAGGUCGCAGCAGUUGCUCUUUUAGAAGAGAAGAUCAAGUUGCUAGAAGAGGAAAAGGCUAAGCUUAACAGGUCAUUCCAGUCACUGAAUACGUCUCUGUCGAAAGCUCAAAAGCAGAAUGACGAGGUUAGACGUAGGAAUCAGAGUCUAGAAACCGAAAUAGCUUCCAUGAAGAAGGAUUUGGAUGGCGUAAACAAGACAGCCAAACAAUCUGAAUCAGACGUAAACACUCGAGAAGCUCGUCUCAAUAGAGCCAUGGAAGAAGUCGAGAGGUACAAGGCUGCCAUGGCCAAGACUAGUUCUGAAUCUCGAGACAAGAUGGAAGCAUCGAAGCAAACAUCUGAACGGCUGUUAGCAGAUGUGAGACGGCUAGAGAAACAGAAGACUGAAUUACUGUCUGCUUUCAAAAAGCAGAAUCAGCUGAUUGAGGUGCUUAAACGCCAGAGGCUUCAUGUUGAGGCUGCUAGAGCUCUUGCGUUUACUGAGGAUGAGUUUGUAAAGGCUUUGAACUGGGAAGUGUAA